UCUCUCUCUCUUUUUGGGGGGAGAGACUGUCACCUUGUGAUGAUGUGUAGCCUAUCCACCCCGCCUCUACCCAGCUGAUGCUCGCUCCCUGUCAAUUUCUAUUCUAACGAGAGGAGUUGAGGAAGGGGGGAGACAAAACGAGAGAGAUUCUGCGGGGGUAGCGCGGUAAAACAUCCAUGGGUGGUUGUGUGGGCAGUCAUCAUGAUUCUUCGGGUAGUUUAAACGAAAACUCGGACGGAACUGGAGUGGCACUGGGGCGUAACCAGCCCCUGAAGAGAGAGAAGCCCAAAUGGAAGAGCGACUAUCCAAUGACCGACGGCCAGCUGCGGAGCAAGCGUGAUGAAUUCUGGGACACAGCGCCCGCCUUCGAGGGCCGCAAGGAAAUCUGGGAUGCGCUCAGGGCUGCCACCCAGGCCUUCGAGAGCAAUGAUCACGAACUUGCCCAAGCCAUUAUCGACGGAGCCAGCAUAACUCUCCCACACGGAGCCUUGACCGAGUGCUAUGAUGAGCUAGGCAACCGUUACCAGCUGCCCGUGUAUUGCCUCUCACCACCUGUCAACAUGAUCGAGGAGAAGAGCGAGCCAGAGGCCGCCGAGGCAGCCGAGGCACCCACCGCCACUGCCGCCGAGGGCCAGGAGUGCCAGCUGCGCCUGCGUCUCUCCACGGGCCGUGACCUGCGCCUGGCUGUGCGUACCAGCGACAGUGUGCUGCACAUGAAGCGCCGCCUGCAGGCUCAGGAGGGCGUGGUGGCCGGCAGCCAGCGCUGGUUCUUCUCGGGCCGCCCACUCACCGACAAGAUGAGGCUGGAGGAGCUGAAGAUCUCUCGGGACUACGUGGUGCAGGUGAUUGUCAGCCAGCCGCUGCCCUCCAUCGCUGCCGCCCCACAGCAGAACCCCACACCCGUGGAGAACUAGCGCCUAUCCAGGAGAGUGGGGAGAGGUGCUCGCUGUACCCACACAUGGAUGAGCUCUGGAUGAGCGGCAUCUGUGAUGAGAGAGCUCUUGCAGGCGAUCUUCGGGGGAGGGGACGUGCCUCAGCGCAUGCCACACCACCUGCAGCGUAUCCAGGUCUUUUAGGAUACAACAAGCUAGAGAAGCUGGCACUAGGGAGAAACUGCUCCAAAGAGUGUGCCAGUGGCAAACGAGACUUCAGUUUGAUGGCUUGGACAGACACAAGUUGUUCUGGAGUGGUCUGCCUUUUAUUCCUGUCCUUCACUAGUGGUGAGAGUUUAUGUCUGCAAGGCAGACACAACCCUGUGGACAUGCCCGUCACUUCUGGAGAGGUGACACACAAGUGUCCGGAGCGAUUUGGCAACACUUUCAUAGAGCCACUUCAAGGCUUUUAAUGUAUUAAAAAAUCACUUUGUGACUUUUUAUGUUUUUUAUUUGCUUUUUUAAAUGGAAAACUGUACUACCAAAAAUAGUUAGGGAAUCUAAGAUGGAAAGGGGUUAAAGCAGGUAUUGGUUUUCCCCUUUCACACUUGGUUCAAUUAUAGUUUGUCUUUUUAUCGCCUCUUAAGUCAGGUUUGCAUUCAAUGACUCUACAGCUCCUACGCUUUGUAGGCAUUUUAUUAGUGGUUCUCUAGUGGGAACCUUCUGUUUGUGUGUAAUAAAUCAGCAAUUUGACCUUUUGUCCAGAUCUUAACACAACAUUACACAUGGGAGUCGUGCUGCCAUGGAGAUGCGAGGACAAGGCUCCGCCCCUCAGGAACGGCGCAAUUGGUCAGCGCCAUGUUCUCCCUAGUUCUCACUGAGAUGGAGACAUUUAGGUGCCAUAGUCCUGCACUGAGCAUGACUGAGGAUAGAGAGGGGAGAGCAGAGGAACUUUACACAUACGGAGGUUGGAGUGAAGGGAUGUCUCUUCCACAGGUUCUUGAACCCCUGAAGACGUGUGGACUGAGAGGGGGAAACCGCCUGUGGCUAGUGCAUUUGGAGCACAUGGGGACAACCAGUCACAUGUGGGCAGUGCAGGUCCCCUCUGAAUGUAGCUCUUUGUAUGGGAGAAGGAGACGCUUGCUAUUUACUCUUUAUAUGUGCUUUUAAGUGACACUGACACGUCCGUACUGUUGAAAGAGAAUUGCUAAACUGAUGGCAUAUUUUGUUGAUACAGAAUGUGUUUUUAAUUAAAAUGUGAUGGACAUUUUUA